AUGGCGGAUUUGGCAAACGAAGAGAAACCUGCUAUAGCGCCCCCAGUAUUUGUGUUCCAGAAGGACAAAGCUCAGAAGAGGUCGGCAGAUGGAUCCAGUGCUGAGGAUGGAGAAGACUCGGACAAGGAGGACGGCGGUUACUGUCCGGCAGCGAAGAGGGAGAGAACGUCCGCGUUCCCCCCGUCUCACUCUGUCUCCAAGAACGUUUUCAUGGUGUCCGGUUUCAGCCAGUCUCCGACAGGAAACUCGGACUCAGAGCCAGAGGAAAAGACAGUCGGGUUUCGACUGAAGCCUCCAACCCUGAUCCACGGCCAGGCACCGAGUGCAGGCGUGCCCAGUCAGAAACCAAAGGAACAGCAGCGCAGUGUUCUCCGCCCAGCUGUCCUUCAAGCCCCGCCCACCAAGACCUUCAGCCUGUGCAGUGGGAAUAAUGGUACAAAUGGAGUGAAGGUGUCAGAGGGGCUGUCAGACAACACUGAGAGCAUCUCACAGGAGAACACCAAGUCCCCGGUUAGCAGACAACGGAAGGACCAGGAUGGGAAAACAGAGGAGAAAACGGAGGGACAGUCUCUCAGCCUGAACUCCUCUUUCGUAUUCGGGCAGAACAUCAAAGACAGAGUCAAGGUGGAUGACAGAUGUGAAUCAGAAAACAAGGGAAGAAUUUCUCCAUCUGUGGAAUCCAACUCUGGAGAAACAAAUUACUUUUUACAGUAUAUAAACAAUAACAGCUCACAGAAAUCAGUCAACGCUGCCGACGCGGGCUCCAAGUUCGUGUUUGGUCAGAACAUGUCUGAUCGUGUUCUGAGUCCACCCAAAUGCAGCGAGUCCUCCCCAGAAAACAGUCGGGAACCAGUGGGCGGGACUGCAGCGUGCAGCGAUGGCUCGUCAGCCCAGAACGCCACCUCUGAGAAAGAUGUCGGUGUGACAGAGUCUUUAGAAGAAUCAGCAGCAGCUUACACUAAAGCCACAGCCAAGAGAUGUUUACUGGACAAAGUGGAGGUGAGAACCGGAGAAGAAUCGGAGAGAAACGUACUGCAGAUGCAGUGUAAGCUGUUUGUCUUUGAGAAGAGCUCUCAGUCCUGGGUGGAGAGAGGCCGUGGACUCCUCAGACUCAACGACAUGGCCUCCACAGAGGACGGCACACUCCAGUCCAGACUGGUGAUGAGGACUCAGGGCAGUCUGCGUCUCAUCCUGAACACUAAGCUGUGGACUCAGAUGCAGGUGGACAAAGCCAGUGAGAAGAGCAUCCGCAUCACGGCCAUGGACACAGAGGACCAGGGCCUUAAAGUUUUCCUUAUAUCGGCGAGCUCUAAGGACACUGGUCAGCUGUUUGCGGCACUGCAUCACCGUAUCCUGGCCCUCCGUAGCCGAGCCGAGUCAGAACCAGAGCCCAACGCUGCUCCACCGGGGAGAGAGGUCAGCCAGUCCAACGAGGGUGACAGCGAGGAUGAGGAGGCGAGCAGGAGUCCGUCUGCAGCCGCUGCUCCUGCUACUCCUGCUCCUGGUAACUCAGAAGGAGGAGAGAGCCAGCCAGCAGGAAGCACGUAGCGCCCUCUGGUGGUGUGGUGUGAGACUGUAGCGCGUGUGACCUUGUCUGAUCUGCAGCAGUCCGGAACCUCCACCUGUUCCUCCCACAAUCCUAUGCAGGUGUCUUUCUGUCCCUCCUCUACAGUCACCUGGCUGUGGACGGCGAUUCCCAUUUUCUCCUCUUUUUUUUUUCUAAACAAACAAACAAAAACAAACAGACUGAUUUUUUUUUCUUUGUGGUUGCGAGACUCAUCAUAUUGAUGAAUGUAGCGGGUGGUGUGAGGAGGUUGAUGGUUCUCCUCUUCACGAGGUUGUGAUCAUUUCACAGGAAUCCAGUUCAGAGUGAGGGACCUGUAGCCGGAAGACAGGUCUACACAAGGCUUUGCUUGGUUUGUGGGGUUGAAAAACAGAGAUUCUCGCCAGACAAACACAGAAACCUCUUUCCAGUCCCAGUGAAAGCGUUUUGCUAAUGCGCAGGUGUAGACCACACGCUUCCCUUCCCUCAGCCGCUCCCUGCAAAGGCCACGUCCUUCACCUUCACACCCUCACACCUUCACCUUCACACCCUUACACCCUCACACCGGCCACUAGAAAGUCUGAAAGACAAGUACCAGUAAAUUUCAUACUUUUAUAAAAAAAAACAAAAAGUGUAAUUUUUACACAGUUUAUCACGCACAUUCACUGGCGUGGUGUUUGCACCAUGCACACGCCUGUGUCAGCUGCUGGUGUCUGACUGGAAAAGAUGUCCACGUGGUUAAGGUGGUAUAUGAGGACUGGUCAUGUUAUAGAGGUAAAGGGACAGGCUUGGUCAUGUUUUGUUCAAAACAAUAAACAAAACUAAACUUAAACUAAAGCCUAAAUAAUGAAAAAUGACAGUGU